CCCUUUGCUGCACAAUAAGUGUUGUCUCGAGAAAUUUUCAUAAUAUAUGUUUUUUUAUAAAGAAAAUACAAUAUUUAGUACACUCAUACAACAACUGAGCCUUAUCCCAAGUAAAAUGGAGUCGGUCACAUGAAUCAAUAAGAGAUUCAUAUUUAAGACUCCUUUACUAAGACCAAUAUGGAGGAUUAGUAAGGGGUAAUAUGGCCACCUUACCACUAGAUCAAAACUUUCCUAAGGAUACUACUACGUAAAAAAAUUACUAACCAAAUCCAUACUAACACAUCUGCAGUCAUGUUUUAGGCAUAAUGUCAUGCUAGUGGCAAGCAUAUUCCAUGAAAUACCUGCACUCUUUCAGUAAGCAAGUACAAGUUUUUAGAGCAUCCACUGCGUCAGCAUUUGGAAUUACCAUUAAGACAAAUGCAGUUAUUAUUGCAGUUUUCGCAAAGUGGCCCCACUUCCUACCGAUGACCGUGGGUAAUGACUCCCAGUAUUUGGAUAUCUCCUAAAGCAGCUUACAAUCAGAAAAAUACACAUAUAAGGCAAAGAGAGCGAGAACAAACAUAAAACAAGAUCUACCAGCAACCUUGAUCCAAAGUAGUUGGUGUAGGUUUGGAACUCAGAAAAUGCUAGGGGAAUUAAAUGAAAAGGAAAGUGUCCCAAGAAAUUUCAAGGAAGUAAACUGACUUCCCUUAGCAUUAUUCCCUUUCCCUAGCAUUUUUUGGGAUCCAAACAUACCAUAGGGGUGGGUGGCAUGAAUAUUACAGUACGAACCAACUAUCUAAAUUUUUUUAACACUUCAAGCAAGGAAUAAGACUUCACAAUAAAAAUUAUAGCAGCGAAAAGCCGAAUGCAUAAAUAGGAAGAAAUCAACUACAGAGUAUUUACCUUAUAAGUACCAAUGUUAUUAUUUCUCAUCAAAGAGCUAUUCUCAUUUAUAUGUAAACGAAGGCCAGUACAUCUAUAACCCAAAAAACUGCAUAUCCUAAGAGUUUUAGGCAGCUUCACUCGUGUGAGUCUCCAUCUAUGUGGAGAGAAUUCCACUACGGCUACACGCUCAGAGGCAGCCCAGCUAACCCUUUUCUGAGAACGAAUGCUCCGGUUGUCAAGGAAAUGUGCAUGUAAAGCAAAUGCCAUUCUUCAACCAGAUAACUGCAACACAACUGAAAUGUAGUUCAAACUGUAUGAGACUGACAAAAGAAACCCUAAUAAAUAAAAGACAAUUUGAAAUCAAAUACAGCAUCAGAUUGAUAAAAAAUAUUUUAAAAUCAGAUUCUGAUCAGAGCCAAGUCAUCGACUGUCUGCAGAUGUUAGUGGAUUUUCUAAACUAAGACUAACACGAAGUUGAGAUAAAUCACUCCGUAAUUGACCAAACAGAUAUCAAUCCUCCGCUUCAAAAUCCCUCUACCAAACAAGCCCUUAAAGCACUGAUCCAUUCAUUAAGCGGAAAUUGAGAAAGGGAAAGCAGAGAAACCUGGAAUGAUGCACGUGGCGGCGAAGAGGAACGCCGGCAAAGCACAGCCUUCCUUGCAAUUUCACAGCGGCUGCAGCCGGCUAUGGAUGUUCCUUUUUUGGAUGAUACUAUCAACUCUUUUUCCAUAAACACAUGUGUGUCCAAAAAUUUAUCAUCUUUAUCUAUUCCCCUUUUCUCUUCCCCUAUUUCUAAUUUUUUUUAAAAAGUUUUUUGUAUCUAUUUUUUGAGAAACAACAUAUACAAAAGGUCUUCUCUAAAAAGGAAUUCUGGCGUGAUAAAAGGUCUUUUGCAUAUUGUUGUUAUGACGGCUAGGCAAGACUGAGCGCUAGAGCACCUUCCAAUUGUCCAUGCGUUCGCUCGGCAAGUGGGCUAUGGCGACUAUAAUAAUUUUAUAGGUACUAAUUUUAUGAAAUAGAGUUUAUGUGUGUGUCUAUAUAUAUAUAUAAGCCUACUCCAAUAAAGUGUGCUUUUAAAAGGCAUAUUAAAUUUUGAGUUUUAUACUCGUGUGUAAAGGUGCAAUAGUCUUUAAUGGGUGUAUUCCACCCAUGACCGGUCAAAAGAAAAGACCGAAUAGUUGACCGAUCAAUCUGAAAGAACAGGGAAGGGAGAUUUUAAUCGUCGGCCGGAGGACACUCGAGAUGGUCAAAAGAUUACCGGUAUACUUCAGAAAAGUAUACCGGUCAAACUACUACAUGGCUUCAUUCAUCCCUCAAAUGCGGUAAACUAACCUUUGGGAAACUACCCGGUGUAGUUUUUAGAGUUAGAAAGCGUCGGCAGAAGAGAAUCUAAAAGGGCUUGGCGUGUAGCGACCCAUGUCAGUGGAGGAUCGCUGGAGAUGCUGAAGGAAUCUGUCCAAGCCAGUACGUGACAAGGGCACAAUCUCCCUCGCAAGGCGACAAGGCAGCAAGAGGACGAAGGCCAUCACUUCUCACCUUCCGAGAAUGUGCCUCCACGUGGGUGCACGUUGCCCUGUCCCCC